AUGGUCGUGUGGUAAGGAAACCACUUGAACUUAAAUUUCAUAAAAUCAUCAAAGCGUCGGUUGACGGACUCGACUCUCCGCCCAUGACCGAAGACUCAAAGGAGAGAAGGACGAGGACUUCGUGGGGAGCGAAUCGGAAGAUUCAAAUCCCAUCUGGAUGUUUGUUCCGUAACAAAUAAUAUUAUCCACUUACUACUUUCUUAGAAGAAACACCGUAGAAAUAGUUCUUGAUCUUCUCACCCGUCCCCGUCUAUUUUCCGGAUUAAUAAAUAGAUCUUGUUUAAUUAUUCUUUUACUUUUUUUGCCGUAUUUUUGAUAAUACUAGACAGUAAACAGUUUUCGAACUAACAGGGGAAGUAUACUCGAAGUGCGAUGCUCAGAUCUUAUGAAACUUGGCACAAAUUUAGAUUUAUUGUUUUGUCGACUGCGCCUGCAAAGCGCAGGUUAAAACCUUCAUGAAUUGAUGUAUGCGUGACGUGACCCUUGCCAUCGUUUACGUCACAAGCGUAUUACGAUAAUAAGAAAUGUCAUAUUCCCAGAGUACGCCUACUACAAUUCUGGAAAUAGUUAGAGUCGAAGCGGGAGAUAAUAUAAUUCGAUCAUUUUGAGUUCUGUUUUUGGAAGUCCUAUUGUCAAAAAUACUGUUGCUUUUGGGUUGGAGUCAUUGCGACAACUUGUGGCGUGGGUCAAGUCUUUCUUUCAAUCGAGUUUGGAAUUCCGUGAAAUUUACAGUAAAUUAAUUGGGGGAACUGUUAGUCAGGGGUGGUCAGCAGACCCUAUUUUUCCGAUUUUCGGCCCGCGGCCCGGCCCGUCUAAUCACCGGCCCGGCCCGGCCCGUCUAGUCUUUUUCCAGGCCCGGCCCGGCCCGGCCCGUGACGGGCCUGGCCCGGCCCGGCCCGGCCCGUCCAGGCCCGUCUAUAGAGGGUUCUGCGAACUGCGCCCAGGCUCGGGAUCUAAACUGAGGCAAAAAAGGCGUUGAUCUAGCUAGUAAAGGAUCAAUGUGAUAGUUUUGUGGUUCUAUAAUGGAACUAUAGACUUGUAAACGUGUUAGAACUUGAGAAACAGCAACUAUAACAACAUCAAUUAAUUUUCCCGGCGCGAAAACAAUGAAUGCCAACGGUUUGGCAUUGUAUUUUAGACGGGCCGGGCCGGGCCGGAAAAACCCCAGGCCCGCGGCCCGGCCCGGCCCGGCCCGUGACGGGCCCGGCCCGUUUGUCAAUUUCCAUUUUUGAGGCCGGCCGGCCCGUUUGGGCCGGGCCGGGCCGGCCCGGGCCGGGCCGGCCCGGCCCGCCGACCACCCCUGCUGUUAGUUGUUUUUACAAUAGAUUGGAGUGUAAUAAACCCGGUAAGUAUUUUUUUGAAUCGUUGAUGAACGAUUGAACACGCCCACCUUUUUACCGUUGUUUAUUUUUUCAUUUAAUUGGGCAAAAGAUCAAGUUAUAAGUCCACAAGUUCCCGGUCUUAAGAAACGUGUUUCUUUGUGACCGAAACAAUAAAAUAAUUACAACUUUUGAAGUAUCGCCGUUCUGAAAUUGGUUGGCACUGUUUAAAAAUGGCGGAUUCGAAUACCGAUUCCGAAAAGAAGAACCUGGGAGAUAGUUGGAGUUCGAGAGGCACGGUAACCACCAAUACUUCCUUGGCCACCACCGAUGCUGAACUGCUUCGAAAAAAGGUAAGAGCUUGUUUUGCGGCCUUCAACUGAGACUUACACCCUUUCAGCGUGCCGUAACGCCCUAUCUUAUUUAUUGUCUUGGGAUUAUCGCAUUUGGCAGUUCUUUCCAAUUCGGAUACAAUAUUGGUGUUAUCAAUGCCCCCGCCGAACACAUCAAGGAUUUCAUUUAUACUAAUCAUGUAGGGCUUUGGGGAGAGAUUGAUAGAAGAACGGUGGUGGUUAUUUUCUCCGUGGCUGUUUCUCUUUUCCCAGCCGGGGCCAUGAUCGGAGCGCUGAUGAGUGGCUAUCUGGCUGAUCGCUUUGGUCGUCGUCGAACUCUCCAUUUCAACAAUGUGUUGGCCAUACUUGGAGCGGCGUUGAUGACGUCCACAAAGUAUUUACAGUUAUAUCCGCUCUUUCUCAUUGGCCGGUUUGUGAUUGGAUUAAAUGCGGGUGGGUUACGGUAGGACCUUUUUUAUAAAUCCGGUUGAAAGUUACGUAUGUUUGCGUUGUAGGUAUCUCGUCAUCCGUGGUGCCCAUGUAUUUUACCGAAUUGAGUCCGGUCAAGCUCCGGGGAACCGUAGCCUCUCUUCCCCAGCUAAUGGUCACCAUUUCCAUUCUGAUUUCAGCUGUUCUCGGUCUGCCAUUCCUUCUCGGAUCCGAGGAUCGCUGGCCUUGGCUGUUUAGUAAGUAUUUUUAUUUUGACAACAAUUAAUAUUAGUAUGUUAUAACUUGGUGUUCAGGUGUGAUGGCAUUCCCCGCUGUUUGUCAGAUCGUCGGAAUGUUUUGGGUCCCCGAAUCGCCCAGAUACACGCUCUUCUUCAAGGGAUAUGAUGAAGACGCUUUGGACGAUUUAAUAGAUCUCCGAGGCGACGGCCAGGUUGCUACUGUUGAGUUGCACGCCCUCCAGAUCGAAAAGAGACGGGAAUCAAAGACAGCGAAGAUUAAUGUCGGUACUUUGUUCCGCAAGUCCGACUUCAGAUGGCCUUUAUUUUUGGCCGCAUUUCUGAUGGUGGCUCAACAAUUGAGUGGAAUCAACGCGGCUAUGUUCUUUUCUGUCAAGAUCUUCCAAAGGGCCGGUCUUGACAUGGAAGGUGCUAUUUAUGCUACCAUUGGAGUGAACACUGUCAAUGUUUUGAUGACCAUUGUCUCUGCAUGGUUAGUUGAUUUGCCUAGAUUCGGAAGGAGAUCUCUGCUUCUGAUUGGAAAAAUCGGCAUGAUCUUUACCAGUGUCGGCCUCGUCAUAACAAUGGUUUAUGCAGUAGGUUAUGAUUCUUGUAGUGGGCAAAAAAUACUUUAGAGAGACAGCAGUGGUAUUGUUCCGUACAUAUCUUGUGUGUUUCUCCCCCUCUUCGUCGUUUUCUUUGCUACUGGACCGGGUUCGAUUCCAUUCUUCUAUGUGAGCGAAGUGUUUCCAUCUAAUGCCCGGGCAUCAGCAUCUGCAGUUUGUGUGGCAAUCAACUGGACCUUCACAGUUGUCGUUGGAAUCGGUUUUCUGCCGCUGGAGGUAAGCGUAUAUUCAAUCUAUUCACGCCCGCGUGACAUAUUUCCUUCAGUUCUCAUCCUUGUUUUCAGAAUAUACUCAAAGAAUUUACGUUCCUGAUCUUUACCGGUUGCUGUACCGUAGCGGCGAUUGUGAUUUUUAUUUUCUUGCCCGAAACUAAAGGAAAGACUGUUGAGGAAGUGCGUGAAGAUAUGAUGAAGAGAAAGAAACGGCUUUGCUAA